AUGGCGACACAGCAAGAGAUCAACGUUCUGGAAAUUGAUGCCAGGCACCUUCAAGGUCUUCUUGAAAGCGGCAAGGUGACAAGUCUCGACCUCGUCAGAAAAUAUGUCGCCCAAAUCCAGCGUCACGACAGCAAGCUUCACGCCAUGAUCCAAACAACAUCCAUCGACGUACUCGAGCAGACAGCUAGAUCACUCGACCAGGAGCGAGCCGAUGGAAAGACCCGGGGGCCGCUUCAUGGUCUACCUAUCACGAUCAAGGACAAUAUUGCCACUCAUCCAAGCUUUGGAUUGCCGACUAGUGCUGGGAGCUUUGCGCUCUUGAGCUCCAAGCCUCGCAGAAAUGCCAAAAUUAUCGACCAACUGGUCGAUGCGGGGCUUAUCAUAAUGGGAAAGGCGAAUCUAAGCGAAUUUGCGAAUGCCCGAGGUACAAGCAUGCCGAGUGGAUGGUCUGCCGUUGGCGGCCAGUGUCAGUCUGCCUACGUCCCUACUGGCGUUGAUCCACAAGAUUCAAGCGAAGGACACUCCAAUCCGUCAGGGUCGUCCGGUGGCUCAGCAGUUUCCGUGGCCGCUGGGUAUGCUCCUCUUUCCAUUGGCACAGAGACAGAUGGGUCGCUUGUAUGCCCCUCUGGCCGAGCAGCCCUCUACACGAUAAAGCCAACGAUCGGUCUUGUUUCCCAAGAGGGAAUCAUCCCCAUAUCCAACCAUUUCGAUGCUGCCGGACCGAUGACCAAGACUUCACAUGACCUGGCGACUCUUCUUGAUGUCUUAGCUUCGAAAGGCUCAGCGGACUCUUUUACCGCCAGCUUGACGGGGACGUGGUCUGAUAUUUCGGUUGCAGUUUUAGACCCUUCACUAUGGAAGUAUCCGAGUACCCUGACGAAACCUGCUGAUGCUGCAGAAGCUCAAAUCAUUCGAGAAAUUCACGGAGCGUACGAGCUCAUCCGACCAAUAGCAAAGAAGUUCGUGGAGAAUGUCGAUUUGAUCUCGCCCGAAGAGUUUGAAUUCGAAGGAAGAAAUAGCGAGCUUUUGAUCUGGUUGGCGGAUAUGAAACGAAGCCUCAAUGAGUAUCUCGAAGACCUUGAAGAGAGUGAAGUCCGAUCUCUUGCCGAAGUGAUUGAGUACAAUAACAAGCACGCGGAUGUUGAGCUGCCCUUAACCCACCCAAGACAGGACUUUUUCAUCGAGUCGGAAAACCAAAGAACCACCCCCGCCGAGUACGAGCGACACCUGGCCCACCUCAGAGAAGUGGCAAGAGAUCGCGGAUUCGAGAAAGUUUUCGAAGCACAUGGAGUCGAUGUUGUAAUCGGUCCGACCGACAGUGGCUUGAGAUCCUUGGCCGCAGCUGGAGGGUACCCCGUCUGCGGAAUGCCUCUUGGGUACUUGGAUUACAAUGGACGAGCCUUUGGAAUGUCAGCUGUGGCCCGGAGAGGUCAAGAUGCUCUGUUGGUGAAAGUGAUGAGUGCAUGGGAAGCGACAUUGCCUCCUCGAAAGACUCCACGAUGGCUGGAAUAG